AGCGUGUGUUGGAGGGUGUGUUCCCUCUAUACACUGAAACACCUGAAACUCUGGAGGUCAUCAGUCACUGGAACUGGAGCUCACUGUAGCUAACUUUUCGUUCGAGUUUCACUGCGACAUUGCGAAGACGCUAUGGACGAUGAUGGAUGGCUGUGCUUCAUUUUCACGCUCACUCACUGGAAUAUAAAUGAGAUUCACUGGACUACAGUUAUGGAUCCCAAUCUUGAGGAUUCGCUCCGAAUUGAUCUCCCAGAGCUGCUCUGAGAAUCUGGUCCUUUUUUCUCUUCAAAGUGAUUUUUGUUCUGAUGCAGGAAAAAUGGCUGAACAUGUGUACGUCAUUAAGGUUUCUUAAUCAGCCAUGAAGAUCUGGUCCAGCUGAUCCAAUCCAAGGAGGAAGACCAGACCAUGACUUACACGGCUUCCAUCCUUUUCUGUAUGUUAAUUUUUCAGUACAAACAUGCGUCUGCCCUGCUGUGCAUCGACUGUUCUCACUGUUAAACCAAGAAAAUAACCUCAACAACAGGAUUUCCUUCGGACUGAUAUUCACCCACGGGUUAGAAACAUAAAACUGUAAUCAUGAAGCAUGAAGAUGUAGGAGAAAAUCAGAUCUUCACUGUAACACAUCUGUCUUCCCCUAGAUCAUCAUCUGCACCUCAAGAUUCUUUCUUUCUUCUUCUGAAGUGAAGCUUAUGAGGCUGAGGUUCUGCCUUCACUUCAUGGAGGUUUCAUUCAUUUCAGCUUGAACUUGCACUGUCCUUGGUGACUUGGGGGCCUCGUCCUAAAUCGCCAGAACAAAGAAGCUAAACUAAAGAGUAUUUUGGAUUUGAGAUGUUUGCACAAUCAGGAAAACCGAAACCGUUGUGAACCCACAGGGCCUGAGCAGUCAGAAAUAAUUUUGAAAUAGUUGUGUGUAUGCUCACUCUAUAGGGAAUAGAGGACUUAACACUCCUUCUAGUGGAAUUGGUGAUUAAAUAUUGUUUGGAUUCACCCACAUGCACAACUUCUUGUAUUUUUACAUCCUAAGACAAAGUCUGCACUCAGAAUAAAGUAUUGGCACCCCAGGUUUAAUCCGAAACCAUUACAAAAGAAGUCCUGAUUUGACAAUCAAGAAGUUUUCUCCACGCUGCUUCCCUGCUUUAAGACAUUGUAUUUUUUUUUUUAAUUAUUAUAAUUAUUUUUUUACAUUUCCAUUAUUAUUUCAGGGUUUUGGUUCAGUUAUUUCAGUCUGGAUCAUUGUGUACUUUUUGCUUUCAAACCUCAAGACCUAGACUAGUUCAUUUCAGUUAAAAAAAAAAAUUAUUUCCUGUCAAAUUUUUCAUUUUUUUUCCUCAUUGAUUUGUUUACUUUGGCGAUUUGUCUGAAUCGGACAAACACUACCCUUGAGCUGAAUCUAGAGCUGUGGUGGAAGUGAGAAGGUCCAAAGAUUUCAGAAUUAUCUCCACAAUCAGAAAUCAGUAGCUCUUCUGGAGACACACGGUGAACCGGCCUAGAGAAGGUUUAGGCCUGGACAAUCAACACCACCAACAAAAAUCAACUCAACACAAGGAAUGAUUAUGACAUCAGAAAUCUCAUAAUCAGGAAGCGAGCUUAAACCAAACCGAGUCUCGGUUUUUUUGUUGGUUUUUUUUUUCCCGGAAAUGGCGGAGCACGGCGAGCUGCUAGCCGAGAUGACGAGUGUGGGCCGCCUUUCCACUACUGACCGACUGAAGCAUGCACAGAAGAGACGGGCACAGCAGCUUAAAGGCUGGGCUCAGAUGGAGAAGGAGAACGCACGCAUGGGGAAGAACAGCGUCGCGCAGAGGAAGAGUGACGUCGAGAAGAAGGGCAAGAAAAAUGGCGGGAAGAGGGUAAGGUUCCCCAACAACAUCACGCUGCUGGAGGCCGCCGCCAGGAACGACCUCAAUGAAGUGAGGGAGCUGCUGAAAAGUGGUGUUAGUCCAGACCUGUUUAAUGAAGAUGGACUCACAGCCUUACACCAGUGCUGCAUCGAUGACUUUGUGGAGGUGGUGCGCUGUCUGCUGGAGUCCGGUGCAAAUGUAAAUGCUUGCGACAGCGAACUCUGGACUCCCCUACACGCCGCUGCCACCUGUGGACACACAGGCCUCGUCCAGAUCCUUGUCAAGGGUGGAGCUGAUCUGCUGGCAGUAAAUGCAGACGGGAACAUGCCGUAUGACCUGUGUGAGGACGAAGCCACACUCGAACUCAUUGAGGUGGUGAUGGCUGAGCAGGGCAUCACUCAGGAGCAGAUCGACGAGUGUCGUGCUGCCAAGGAAAGAGUCAUGCUGAAUGAUGUCCAAGCACUAAUAGAUAGAGGGGACAACCUGAAUGCCAAGGACCAACAGGGGGCCACUCUGCUGCAUGUAGCAGCAGCUAACGGCUACUUGUCAGUGGGAGAGGUGCUGCUGGAGCGCAGAGCGUGUGUGGACGAGACAGACGCAGACGGGUGGACACCGCUGCACGCCGCCUCCUGCUGGGGACAGCUACAAAUGGUUGAGCUGUUGGUGGCUCAUGGUGCAGAUCUAAACGCCAAGUCUCUCCUGGAUGAAUCUCCACUAGAUGUGUGUGUGGAUGAAGAGCUGAGGGCAAAGCUACUGGAGCUUAAACACAAACAUGAUGCCAUUAUGAAGAACCAGGACAAACACAAAGGCUCACUGCAGAGACGGGCAUCCAGCGCCAGCAGCCGGGGUAAGGUGGUGAGGAGGACGAGUGUGAAUGAGCGCAGUAGUUUAUACAGACGAGAGCACCAUAAGGAGGCCAUGGUGUGGCAGGACAGAGGGAGACAGGACAGACAGACAGAGGACGAGGAUGAAGACAGACAGACGGAUGCCGAGCUCAAACACAUGGCGGCAGCCUCUAGAGCCCAGGACGCCCAUUUGCACUAUCCGGAUAAUGACAGAGGAUUAGAAAACGGAGACCGUGACUCUAUCAUAGGAAAUGGCAGCACCUUUGUGGCUUCUACAUCCUCAGUUCCUGGAGAGCUGCGUGUCAGUGGACGCAGGGAUCGCAGCGCCUCCUAUCAGCUGAGUCCGGCGCUGCCGAACGCAGAGCCCGGGGACACGGAUACCAUGACGCGGGACAAAUCGCAUCAGACGCUAGCGGAGCUGAAACGCCAGAGAGCUGCUGCAAAACUUCAGAAACGGCAGGCUCCUGCUCCGCCGCUGCUGCCUCCCACACAGGAAGAGGCGGGGCCUGCUGAACAGGCGAUGCAGCCAGUGUACUUCACACCUGCGAGUGGAGAUCCACCGCUACUGAAGCUGAAGGCACCAGAGGAAGAAGAGCCGGCCAAUCAAAAAGAGCCGUGCUGUGGACUUAUGUAGGGAGGACACACACACACACACAAUGUUUGUUCUCUCCAAUGAGCAAAAUUAAGAAGAGUUAAUUACCAGCUAAGCUGUGGACUCAUACAGGGAACACACACACAGUUUUACUGGAAAGCACAGAGAGCAGAAUUCCUCAAACGUUCCAGCAAUAAACAGUGCUGUUCUGUUUUUUAUUUUUUAACUUUUACCUAAUUUUAGGCGGGCCGUCACUGUAAGAUAACUUCACUUCCUGAAAUUUCUAUUCACCACACGGUCCUGUCAGAGGAGAGAGAAGACCGAGCUCCAGCACUUUAUUACUGACAACUCAACAUUCCAUGUGCAUUCCAUUAUCACCUGCGUUUGAGUCAUUAGUCUUAUUCUCCGUCCUAACAGCUCCCUGGUGCACUUCACAGGGCGCAGAAGCCGUUCUUCUUAUUCUAUACCUUCACAUAGUAAGCUUGUGUGUAGGGUGUAAAGAGCUGAAUCCAAUAUGGUUCCCUAAUGUACUUACAAUGCAGUGUGUAGGGUGCAGAAUCCAGUGUCAUACCCUAACUAGUGCUCUUACAAACAGGUUAGGGAGAGGAAUUCUUUCCUAUUGGAUAUCCAGUGCACUACAUAGGGAGCAGAGUCCAGUAGUUUUGUGCCCUAUCUAGUGUACUUUCAUAUUUCAAGCUGAAUUGUUCCACCUUUGUAAAUUAAAUGAUGAAAGAAAUUGUCUCCUUUUCUUAAAAGAUUUAUUUGUAGAUAAAUAUAAAAUAAUGAAGAUUGAGGAUUGAAGCUGAAAUAUAAAACGUGUGUAUUGAAGAUUUUACCAGAAGAAAUCUCUCGCUCAGGCUUUUACUGCAGAAACAAGCCGGUAAGAUGGCUGCAAAGAUUUAAGAAAAAAUUAGUCAAAAAAUAUUUUUGUAGAUAUUAUUUUUAGAAGGAGAAACAUUUUUAGCUGCAUUUUGUCACCGGUGGAAAGACCAGCGGACUUCCCAGAGUCGGUUUAGGGUGUGAGUACUUUCUUCCAGUGUACAAACACGGCUAAUUGGUUUUUGUAAGCAGGAUGUUUAGCUGUGUGCCGAUUAUCACAUUUUCCUAUCGUGUUAUUUGAUAUUGGGAAUAAAUUAACAUUAGAAGAGUAAACUUCCUGGUGUGUGUGAAUAGAACACCGGAACUGUAAUUUCGGCAAACACAACCUUGUCCUCUCAUCUCUCAGAGCCAGCUAAUCAGCCACACCCACUCAGCUCUCAGAGCCAGCUAAUCAGCCAUACCAACUCAGCUCUUAGAGCCAGACCCUUAGCCACAUCCACUCAGCUCUUAGUGACAGCCCCUCAGCCACACCCACACUGCUCUCAGAGCCAGCUAAUCAGCCACACCCACUCGAUCAGCCAUGCCCACUCAAAUAAUCAGAGGCAGUCCCUAAGCCACAUCCACUCAGGCAUGCCAGCCAUGCCCACUCAGUUCUCAGAGCCACACCCUUAGCCAUGCCCACUCAGCUCUCAGAGGGAGACCCUUAGGCAUGCCCACUCAGCUUUCUGGAGCUGUAGCUUCAUGUCUUAGCUUCAUGAAACUACUCCAUUAGCCUUGUUCACUCUCUUGAACCCCACCCACACAACUGUUGCCCUUAUUCCCACCUCUCAGCUCUCUCAAGUUAUCCACUUGAGCCCCAGAAAAUGUAAUCUGUCCUCAGGUCAUAAUUGUGUCCUCCUGGCAAAAACCAGUGAUCCAUAAUCUGUUUGUAGUUCUUAGUUAAAGUUUAUAGCUGUGAUAGAAUGAUGGCGGUUAGAGCAGCGCUGCAGAUUUGAUGGAUUUGCAGAUCAUACCAUUAACCACUUCAUUUAUUCACAAAUGUUUCUGAUAGCAUGAUGGGGAAAUGUGAUACUCAGCACAUGGAUAAAGAAGCUCCUGAUCUUACAUGCUUGCGUAACUUAUUAAGCAAUAAUAUAAUAAGCAAAAACUUAUUAAGCACCGGAUCUGGUGAAAGAAUAUUUCUACAGUAUAUUUUGUUGUAAAGACAGAUUGAAGGGACACACAUCCACACUGAUAUUCUUCCUGAAACUGUAAUUUCAGCCUGCUUUUUACAGCUCUAAAGCUGUAAAAAGUAAAGAUGAAUCUUCCGAACGAAUACGCGAUUCUAGCCCACCGUAGAUUCAAUGAACUUUUCUUUUGUAUUUGUAACCUUUCAGAAAAUAUUCCACGUUGUCCACGAUGUCAUUGCUGCUGCUCCAGUCUUUAUUCUACUGUUCUGUUCGCAGCAGACAAGCUUCCUGUCACAUGAAAACAAUUUUGGAUAAUAAAACAACUUUGUAUUUUUGCUAACAUACAUUAUUUCUACCAUUCUAUACAUAUUAUAUAUUUUAAUAUCGUCCAGUUCUUCUUCUUCUUCUUCUUCGUGUUCAUUAUCUAUUAAGGACAUUUUUGUGUCAUUAACCUGUUAAAACCUGCUUAAUAACCUGAAAGUUAUUGUCUCGAUGGAGAACUAGGGACAAUGAUUUGGUUGUGUGCAAAGAUGAAGGAGUCUAGCAUUUGCAUUACUAGCUACCAAAAAAAAUAAAAUAAAAGUGCACUAUACGAUCGAUUUGGGACACAUCCAUCACAUCAAGUGAGAUUCGACUGUUCGCCAGCUAAGAACGCUACCUCGUGAAUAAAAAUCAAUGACCAAUUAAAUUAAAACAUGAGUAAACAAAGUCGAACAUCUGUGCUUGGUGUUUGUUACGAUCGUCUCCGGUAGCUACGGCGAGACGGCUAGUUUACUGUCAUUUAAUUAAUUCGACAAAAUAAUUUCUGCCACAAGCGAUGAAUUUAAAACAAACCCGGACCUGGAAGAUUAUAUAUUAUAUACAUAUAUGAAAAUGAAAAUUAGAGCUUUAUUUAUUUAUUUAUUUGAUGAAGCACUGGACCAUGAGAAGGAAGUGCGAGUUUGACUUUUAACAUCCGUUUUUCUUCCGUUUUUUUUUUUUGUUUGUUUUUUACUUGCAGCCUGCUGCCUUUAACUGCUGUGUGUUUUUCAUUUUGGGGGACCGUUCCGACUCAAACACAACGUUAAAAGCCUAUAUUUUGAUAGGGAAUUGACGCCAUUUUCUGUAUCGCUGUAGAUUAUUUUUUAAAAAAUAUAUAAGAUUUAUAUAUAGAAGAUAUUUUCAUGGCGUCUUUUCACGGUUGAAGAUGAUGUACUUUCAUAAUCUUAUUAAAAAAAAUAAAAACUGACAGAAGUCUGAUAUUUGCUGUCCGAUAUUUUCGUUGCACAAUAAAAAAAAGUUUGGAUCGAAUUUAAAUAAAGGACCUGUUUUAUCCGUUUCCUUGACGCUGUAUUUAAUUUUCAUAUCAUGAAAGUUCUCAAUUUUUAUCAUUAUUUGUGAUUUAUUUUAUUUUAUUUUUUUUGUAAAAAAAAAUAAUUGCUGAACAUCGAGUCCUCUCGAGGCAUAAAGACGACACAUGGAUAAAUAUUAGUGACCUGUUGUAGAACUGACCUGUUGGCAUGUGCCUAUUAUUUUCUGUUAAAAUUUUGCAUUCUGUCUUUUUUUUUUUUUUUCUUUUGUUUUUCUUUUUUUUUUUUAAUGAUUAAAAACUGUCUUUAUUGGAAAUAAGUUUUGUGUAUGAGUGUGUAGAAGGUUUGUGUGUGUGUGGAAAAGUGCUUCAGGUUUCAAAAUUACACUCCUUUGUUUUUGCUUGUAUUAAAAAAAAGAGAAAAGGAUGAACAGAAGCAGGAUCUCCACACUGAUGAAGAUUAAAAAUAUAUGAAGAAUAAAAAAAUCGCUCUAAAAGACUGAGUUUGUUAGUGAUUUU